AAAGCGACGUCCAUCAUUGAUCCGACUUGAAACUCAUCCAAACCUUACUUGAACGCGCUGCCCAAGCCUCAACCAUUUCACUUUCACACAAUCCCCCUCACCCUCCCUCUUCCUCUCUUACAUCUCAUCCCACAUCCAAUGCUCCAUCCCGCCUAGACACGCAGACUCUGCUCAUCGCGAAGCGAGAUGGGAAUGCGAAAGGCAAGGGAGUCGCUCACCCCGCAAGAGGCGCGUGAGGUCGCCAUCCUCGACGACAUUGCCAUUGAACUGGUACGCAAACUCAAGGCGCCAGAGGGCAAACAAACGCGCAUCUUGAAGGAUCUUCCCUUCCCAGUCAUCGACAUUGACACGGGCGACGCCAAGGACAAUUCCGAGACGUUUCGCGCGACCCUCGAGAAGCUCUUCUACAACCGUCUUGCCCAGAGUGAUUGGUUUGUCCACGAAGAAAUUCAGUCAUGGCUGCUCGACACUUGGACUGCAACCAUGUUCAGCAAGUUCUUGGACAUCAAGCUCGACCCCGUUCUCGGCGUACCAGCUGCCUUCACUACCACCAAGUUACCGAAUAAAGCCAAGCUCGAGGGUCUCGAAGGUCUUUCUCUCAAGCUGCCCUCCGACGACUACGUCGAUGACUAUGGCAUCGACUACUCUUUCAUCACCUGGGAGAAAACUCCCGUCCUCUCCAUUGGGCCCUUCCGCCUCGUGCGCAUCAGCUGCAACUCUUCAAGCAACAUCAACUGGGCAACGGCGCGUGCAGGGAGCUCGUACUAUGUCCAUCUGAUGCCGGACGGUGCCGAUGUCCAGGUCCUUCGGCCAGGUCGCAUCGUCAAGGAGGGCGAGCAACUCCGAGUAUGGUUCGGACCCUCGUAUGACGACGAGUGGUGA